AAUAUUGUCAUAUUUAUGUAUAUAUCAAUGUGUAGAGAUGUGUAGAGGACUUGGUUGUAUUGAAUAGUGAAUAUAUAUUUUCUGUAGUUUUUUUUGGACUUUGGAGUGAAGAGAGAAAGAUGGGUAAGUUCAAAAGGGUCUGUGUCUUUUGUGGAAGUAAUUCAGGGAAUAGAAAGAUAUUUGGAGAUGCAGCUCUUGAUCUUGGAAGAGAAUUGGUGGAGAAGAAGAUGGAUUUGGUGUAUGGAGGAGGGAGUGUUGGGCUGAUGGGGUUGGUUUCUCGAACAGUUUUUGAUGGUGGAUGUCAUGUUCUAGGAGUUAUCCCAAAUGCACUUGUUCCACUUGAGAUAUCUGGCCAUGCAGUGGGAGAAGUGUUGAUUGUAUCAGAUAUGCAUGAAAGGAAGGCUGAAAUGGCUCGCCGAGCUGAUGCUUUUGUUGCUCUUCCUGGAGGUUAUGGUACUAUGGAAGAGUUGCUUGAGAUAAUAGCCUGGUCCCAGCUUGGAAUCCAUGACAAACCAGUAGGUCUCUUGAAUAUUGAUGGAUAUUAUGAUUGCUUGCUGGGAUUGUUUGACAAAGGAGUGGAAGAAGGAUUUAUUAAUCCAUCUGCUAGGAAUAUUGUCAUAUCUGCACAAACUUCUCGAGAGCUGCUACAGAAGAUGGAGAUAGUGGAGGAGAGGAAGAGGAGGUUCGAACCAUAAACAUGAGACACUAAAAAAAAAAACACUUCAUCUUGAAUUGAUUUAAUGAAAUAAGUUAAUCCAUACUAAAGUCAUUUAGAGGCAGGUCAAUUCUUAGGUGUACCGUAUGGCUGACCAUGGCAGAAUUUUGGUCACCUUCAAAGCUUGAGAUAUAUUAGAGCUCCAAGACCAUUCUCUUGACAAAAUGAAAGGGUCAAGGACAGUAUAUUUUACUUCGAAUUGGAUUUUUUUUUUCUUACAUUGUAAAAUCAACCAAAGGUAUUGAGCAGGCAAAAUAUGCUUGUACUUGUAGUAUUUCAUCAUAUAUGAUAAACACAGUAUUUCUCUCC